ACCGCGACGCCUGAGCCACCCGUCGGGAGCGCGCUGUCCGCGCCUCGAGCGGUCCAGUCGCCUGACCCGGAGGCCCGCGAGGCCGGAGCAUCAUGGCCGACGGCAAGGCCAAGCCUGCCAAAGCCACCAGCAGGACACUCCCCAAGUCCCCAGGGGACCCUGCCAGAGACAAGGCAGCCAAGGGGCUGUCACAGGAGUCGGAGGCUGCCAACGAGGGGGCGGCUGCAGCCCCAGCACUCAGCGCCUUGGAGGAGGCCUUCCGGCGUUUUGCGGUGCACGGGGACACACGUGCCACAGGGCGGGAGAUGCAUGGCAAGAACUGGUCCAAGCUGUGCCGGGACUGCCAUGUGAUCGACGGGAAGAGCGUGACGGUCACCGACGUGGACAUCGUCUUCAGCAAGACCAAGGGGAAGUCCUGCCGCACCAUCACCUUUGAGCAGUUCCAGGAGGCGCUCGAGGAGCUGGCUACAAAGCGCUUCAAGGACAAGAGCAAAGAGGACGCUGUGCGCGAGGUGCACCAGCUCAUCGAGGGCCGGUCACCAGUCAUCUCGGGGGUCACGAAAGCCGUGUCCUCACCCACCGUGUCGAGGCUCACAGACACAACCAAGUUCACUGGCUCCCACAAGGAGCGCUUUGACCCAUCUGGCAAGGGCAAGGGCAAGGCCGGCCGCGUGGACCUGGUGGAUGAGUCGGGCUACGUGCCCGGCUACAAGCACGCAGGCACCUACAACCAGAAGGUGCAGGGGGCCAAGUAGCCCUGCACCGCUGCCGUGGACACUGCAGGUGCCAGCUGGGGACUCAGACCUGUCACACUUCAUUACAUUCCUGUGCUCACCAGGCAGAACUCAGAGGGAGCGGAGGCCAGGCGACUGCCGGGGGGGCCACCCUGCACUUCUCUGACCUGACCCUUCCCGAUCCACCUGCAGUUUCCAAACUGUUUCCCAGGAUCUUGCCUCACUGGCCACCUGGCUUGCAGGUGAAAGGGGUUGUGGGAGCUGGCCAGUGUGGGACGAGUGGGCAGGCCCUCCCAGAGGCCGUGCUGACCCCAGCAGGCAGACACUGUCCAGGAGCCUCCAGGGCAGCAGGAGCCGAUUAACGGACAGCGCAGAUCAGACUGAGCCCACAGGAUGUGGGUGUGUCUGCGCCUGGCCCAGCCUGCACUGACGGACGCCACAGGGCCCUCUGUGCUUCCUGAGCAGAGGGUUCAGCCGGGUCUCCUGGCACCCGUGAGCAGCAACCAUGCAGGUAUACAGUGGUGUGUGCUCUCACACACACAUACAUGUGCCCGGGGACCAGGUCCGUGCCAAGGGACAAGGGGAGGCUCCUUGGUUGACCAGGACAGUUUUCUGUUUGCUUUUCUAAGGGACAAGAAACGGUGCCCACAUGCCUGUUCUCACGUUUGUCAGGGAGAUUCACUGUCUCGCUGCUGUGACCUGCCUGCUUGUCCCCAUCUCCCCAGGUGGGGAGACACAGUGCUGAAUCACUCGUGCAGGGGGCAGAGCUGCACCUGUCACAGCCUGCCCUGCCUACUGAACUCCUUGGCCUCCCUCAGCCCCUGCCUGUGCCCUCUGGAAGUCAGUGUCCCUGGCCUGUUUCACACCACCUACAGGGUAGCACGCCAGGCUGCAGGACCGGCCCAGUGAGGACGCCUGUGCCCACUCACCUUCCCGUACAGAGCAAGGGCAGCUCGAGCAGCCUGCCUCCACUGCUGCACCUGCACGAUGGCCAGCUGGUCCUCGCUCCUAAGGAGGACGUGGUGCGGGCCACCCGGUGACAGCAGCCAUGGCCUGUGGGGCUCUUGGCCCGUGGGGCUGUGGCCUUGGAGAAGGCCCACAUGGCCUCAGAAAUGCCUCACAGGAGUUGGUCCACCCUCAGCUGGUCUCACUCCACCCCGGCCGAUGGCUGCUCAAGGUAGGCACCAUCUUCCUGGUCACGGGGCUGUCCCACAGCACAGGCAGCAGCAGGCCCUUCCUCACUGCCACAGCAUGCGACACGCCUUCUGGCCCGAAUGCGCUUGGUCACAAGUGCAGCUCCACAGAAGUCUGCCCAUCAGCCCACUGAGGGAAGCAGGGUCCUAGGGCACAGGCCCCUCCAGAAAGGGCCUAUCCGGAAAGCGGAUGGCCCUGCACAGGCAGGCAGCCUCCCUGGGAGCCUGGGAGUUCACGGUGCCUGACACAGAAGACCAAGGAGUCGUGGCUCUCAGGCAGGUGCCAGCUUUCUGGGCUGGGGAGAGACAGGUGGGGCACAGACCCAACCCAGGCUGUAUGCCUUGCUGACCCAGGCUGGGCUUCCGUGUGGAAGCUGCAGGCAAAAAUGAUGCAUGGGAAACAUCUGAAAUAGCUCUGAAGGUGCAGUGUUUAAUCUCAUCACAACCCCCCCAAACCCCUGGGUUCAAACGCCAGUGACUUCAUUAGUGGCCGCGAACAGGGCCCCAGUGCACUCUACCCCACACCCCGAUGGCGCCUGCCCUCUCUGGCACCAUGGUCCUCACAAGGCCCACUGUGGCCAGCGUCUCAGUCUGAGGCUUCAGUUCUCCUUUUCUUCUGCCUGUCCACCCUCCAGUUCCCUCCAACACAGCCGAGUCAUACAGGCCUGACAUGAAUCCUAGGGUCAGGGCAGUGUUGGCAGCCCCAUGCUUUGCACCAGGUGUGGAUGCACCCCUAGAAGCCUCUCUCCUGCUCGGUGGGUUGUCAAGGAUCUCCACAUGAGGACCCAGACCACAUCAAGGGCUGCUGUCCUGGCAGCACAGUAGAAAGUCAGAUCUAAGCAAAAAGAACACAUGUGCCCAUCCUGAGGGCACCCACCACCCUCAUGGGGAGGAGGUCCUACUAGCCUGGUCACCUAAUGCACUCAUAAAGCUGAGUGGCCAGUCCACAGGUCCUGGGCCCAUCUCAGACCCCUGAGGUGAGCUCCUUGACAAGAAAGGACUCUUCACUUCUAGAGAAUUUCCAGAAUUUAUUCCUGCUGACUGUGACAGACAGACCUCUUGGUUUUAUGAUGAAAAUCAAGUUACUCUGCCUUGGUGGUCCUCCCAUCCCAGCCCAGAGCCCAAGUGCCCUUGGGCUCCUGGAAGGAAAGCCCCUAGCCCAGGCUCUCCCGCCACAUGACCCUCGGGUGGCAUCAGGUGCAUGUGUCAGUCUCCCUAUGUCCCGUCCCUGUCCCCAGUAGCUCCCAAGGUUUCCUCAGACACAUGCAUAGGUGAGGACAGCAUCCUUCUCCAGUCAGUUUCAAAGUGUAGCUCUGAAAACACACACUCCAUCUCCAUCACUUAGCAAGGAAGUGGUAGUAAAAAUUAAAUUGUGAAGACUUAGUGGUCACCAUACUGUCAGUUUAAAUAGUAGGACUCAUCAUGGCAUCUCUGUGUAUCUGCUGAACAGAACAUCUGCAUGGACUCCCAACUCCACUACACAAACAGACACAUGCAUCUUCCUCAGUCCGUGACUAUUACCAACACACAGGCAGGGUGUGUGUUGCAUGUUUAUGUCAUACCAGUCAGCUUCUAACAUGGUUCAAGAGUUAAAUGCCUGUAAGAGAAACCACACAGCAUGCAAUCUGACACAGGAACAUGUUCCAUCAGGAGGUGACACCUCAGAGCAGGGACCCGUUCCGUCAGGGAGAACAUUCAAGAGACGGACGGUUCUUUCAGGUGACACUCAGGAGACAGGGAUAGGUUCUGUCAGGAGGUGACACUUCAGAGCAGGGACAGACUCUGUGGAGACAACACCCAGGAGUCAGGGACAGAUUAUAGGGGUUGAGGGAACAAUGUAGAUGGUGUCUAAACAUCAAAGGAGGAGGAGGUUGGAAAGUACUGGAGAAUAUGAUCCUAGCAGAAUAUUUAUUAAUGCUAUAGUAUAAGCAACUAGUUAGUGGUCAAUAACUAUGAAAAUCAAAGCUCAAAUUACAUGUUUAAGAUACACCAAAAAUUUAUAUUUAUACUGGAGUAUUUUUACGCCUUUUAAUAUCCUUAGUCUUCUGUUUGGGGCAGGUGAGUCACACAGAUACAGGUGAGUCUGGAAAGGCACGUGUAAUGGUUCCACUUGUGUUUCCUGCCCCCUACCCCUUCCUGUCUGCUGCCUAGCCCUGAGUCCCAAUGGCUGAUGGGUCAGGGUGGGCAUGGGCAGCUCACUCCUCCCACCCUCAGUGGUCCUGGGCUGCUAGAGCUGCUGACUGUUUUUACGAAUAAAGUUUUACUGGCACAUGGCCACAGCCGUGUGUUUAUGAUUGUCCAUGGCUGCUUUGGCACCGCGACUGGAACAGGGAGGGGCUGAGACAGAUGUCAUGGCCCAGACACUGACAGUGUUUACCAUCUGCCCCUUUAUAGGGAAAAUGUGCCUGCCUCUCUGGCUCACUUCCUCCCACAGAAUCCUAUAAGAGCAGGCUGCUCCCCGGUUCUGCAGCACACACCACGUGGGAACGCCUUGUCAUCUGUUCAAUACAAGGGUGACAAUUUAGCUGUACUGUGAAGUUAUUAUUAGGCUACACUGUCUUUCAAACACUGAACCACAACUACUUUCUUCCUCUUACUACUGAGCACUCUGAACUCCAGUGGUUCAGGGUUGUGGCCUUGUUCAGAGGCAUGUGACAGGGAGUCAUGACAGGCAUUUUGAGAUGCUUAAGUUAACUCACUCACUCUUGUUUAGACCUCUUAAAAACUAAACCAAGCCAAACAAUAAAGGAAACUUGCACAACUUAAACUUGAAAGGGAUAAUAUACUACUAGUUUGUACUAAGUUUUUUUCAAGAAAGGGAAACAAAUUUAUAUAUAUAUAUGCAAUAUAUUUUUACACUAUUUUAUUAAUGUUAGGGAGUACUGAGCACAUCACUUUAGCGGUGUGUUGGGUAAUGUUGAUGUAUUGGGUGUUCUGACUCAGAAAAGGCACUUCUGCAGAUGUCUAAGCCACACUUACCAGGAAUGUCUAUGGGGUCUGAUGGUCCCACUGUCCCUCCCGUAGAGCACAAAGCAUUGUGUCACCUGUUGGACUUGCUGUCACGGCCUGGCUUGUAAACCAUUAGUGAAACAGCUCUGUCUGUGUGCUUGCUGUUAACAUUGUGUGUCAAAUUGGUAAAGUGAUGAAUAAAGAUGUUAAAACAUGGA